AGAGUCUUUGUAUUCACGUGGAUAAAGGACAGAGCCGUCAGAUUGAUCUGAGUGUUGAAGGAGGUGGUAUCUCAUAUUAAGCAGCAUGGCCGGACGUGCUUUCAGAAGCUUUCUUCCAUUGUUUGAUCGUGUUCUUGUUGAGCGGUUUGCAGCAGAGACUGUAACCAAAGGUGGAAUAAUGCUUCCAGAGAAAUCACAGGGUAAAGUGCUGCAAGCAACAGUGGUAGCAGUUGGAGACGGAGCCAAAGGGAAGGAUGGAGCUAUUCAACCAGUAAGUGUUAAAGUUGGUGACAAGAUCUUGCUACCAGAAUAUGGAGGCACCAAGGUUGUUCUAGAUGAUAAGGACUACUUCUUAUUUCGGGACGGAGAUAUUUUAGGAAAAUAUGUAGAGUAAACUAUUGUUUUUGGUCGAUCUUCAUUCCAGGAUAACACAUCUUGUCAGGUUUCUUGUAAAUAUAAUUUCUUUUUGAUAUAAUGUAAAAAUCUACACUUUGUAUCUUUUUUUUUUUUGCCUCUAUUUUACCAUGCUUUGUAAAAUGAUUUAGCCGUAUUUCUUUUUUGCCAUUGUUUAAAUGACAUCAUUUCAUAUGGUAAAUAAAUAUAUUGUUUAAAAGGGA